UUGACCGCACCCUCUUCCCCCGCGUGGCCGGGCCUGACGUCACAAGGCACCCAGCCGCCGGCGCCCCGCGGUGCGCACCCCGAGCCCCGACCGGUCGCGGCUGCUUUCCGGGCGCUCACCGCCAGGCGCGCGCGUGCCCGCCCGCGUCCCUCCUCCCCCGCUCCCCUCCUCCGUUCCUGUCACCGCCAGCAAAGCGCCGCUGAAGAUGGCGAGCCUGGCGCCCGGGGAGCACGCCGCGCAAGGAUGCCCAGCUCCGGCUGCUGCGGAGGAACAGGCGCCGCGGCCGGGAGUUCCCGGGGAGGAGGCUGCAUCGGAGGCAGGGCGGGCGGGCGCGGGGCCGCAGGUGGAGGAGGCCGCGGGCAAGGUGGCCGCCGCCCUGACCUGGCUGCUCGGGGAGCCGGUGCUGUGGCUGGGCUGCCGCGCCGACGAGCUCCUGAGCUGGAAGAGGCCGCUGCGCAGCCUGCUCGCCUUCCUGGGUGCCAACCUGCUGUUCUGGUUCCUUGCAUUGACUCCAUGGAGAGUUUAUCAUCUCAUUUCCGUCAUGAUACUUGGGCGUGUUAUCAUGCAAAUCAUCAAGGACAUGGUUUUGUCUAGGACAAGAGGUGCACAGUUGUGGAGAAGCCUCAGUGAAAGCUGGGAGGUUAUCAAUUCCAAGCCAGAUGAAAGACCCAGACUGAGCCACUGCAUUGCAGAAUCAUGGAUGAAUUUCAGCAUAUUUCUUCAAGAAAUGUCUCAUUUUAAACAGCAGAGCCCUGGCAAGUUUUGUCUCCUGGUCUGCAGUGUGUGCACAUUUUUUACAAUCUUGGGAAGUUACAUUCCUGGAGUCAUACUCAGCUACCUACUGUUACUGUUUGCUUUUUUGUGUCCGCUGUUUAAAUGUAACGAUAUUGGACAAAAAAUAUACAGCAAAAUCAAGUCCACUCUAUUGAAACUAGAUUUUGGAAUUGGAGAAUAUAUUAACCAGAAGAAACGUGAGAGAGCUGAAGCAGAUAAAGAAAAAAGUCACAAAGAUGACAGUGAAUUAGACUUUUCAGCUCUUUGUCCUAAGAUUAGCCUCACGGUUGCUGCCAAAGAGUUAUCUGUGUCAGACACAGAUGUGUCAGAAGUCUCUUGGACUGAUAAUGGGACCUUCAACCUUUCAGAAGGGUACACUCCACAGACAGACACUUCUGAUGAUCUUGACCGGCCCAGUGAAGAGGUUUUCUCUCGAGAUCUUUCAGGUUUUCCAUCUCUGGAAAAUGGCGCAGGAACAAAUGAUGAAGAUGAGCUAAGCCUCGGCUUACCCGCUGAGCUCAAGAGAAAAAAGCAACAGUUGGAUGGUGGUCACAGACCAAGCAAAGAUGAGCAGUCAGCAGCUGGCCUUGUCCUUCCUCUGAGCAGUGACCAAGCCCUUCACUUGAUGAGCAACCUGGCUGGGGACGUCAUCACAGCUGCCAUGACGGCUGCUAUCAAAGACCAGCUAGAAGGGGCCCAGCAGGCAUUUGCUCAGGCUGCACCCACUCUAGGAGAGGACACAGACACCGAGGAAGGUGAUGAUUUUGAACUACUUGACCAGGCAGAGCUAGAUCAAAUUGAGAGCGAACUGGGACUAACACAAGACCAAGAUGAAGAAGCACAGCACAGUAGGAAGUCUGCAGGCUUCCUUUCAAAUCUACUUGGAGGCCAUUAAUCUGGGAAUCAGCUUGCAGCAAAGCUCAGAUGAACCACCCAAAAAUUUCAGACAAGCAGGGAAAAAACAAACACAAACACACACAUACACACACACACACACAAA